AUGGCCCCGCUCGGCACCGUCGCCGCCGUCGCCCUGGCCGCCUCCGCUCUGCUCCUCCACCCAGCAGCGGGGCAGGCCACUGGCGAAGGCAACACCAGGGUCUGGGCCGCUGUCGCCUACAUCUACAAUGGCGAGACCUCACCCGGACCGCAGACGAUCCUGACCCCCGAGGGUGCGCAGCAGCUCCGGCGGCAGGGCGCCGCCUUUCGCAGUCGCUACCUAUUGGGAAGCAAUUCCAGCGGCACCGACUCGGCGCAGAUACAGGAAAUCGCCAAGGAUGCAAUUGAUAACCGCCAGCUUAGAAUCCUGUCACGGACGGAGUCAUGGAUAGCAUCGGGCGCCGUCGCUUUCAUGCAAGGCCUGUAUCCGCCGCAGUCGGACGCCUAUAUUGACAUGACGGGUUCCAGCGACCUGAAAAACAACUUCCCCGCAGGAUCCAACAGCACGGAAUAUCCUCUGAACGGAUACCAAUAUCCGCUGGUGCAGACUCUGUCGAGCGAGGAGAGAACCUCCGUCGCGAUCCAGGGUGACGUCUCUUGCACCGCGUGGCUGUCCGAGACUGGCUCAAACCUCACACAAAGCCAAGCCAUUCAGGGCAGCAUCGACCGGAAUCGCCUCUUUUAUCAGAACCUGUUUUCGUCUGGGCCGCUUGAGGGCGUCAUCGACCCCAGUGUUGCUACGUAUCUCAAUGCCUAUGAGAUUUACGAAUUGGUCAGCUACCAGUACGAGCACAAUGAGACCGUCUACAAGGGCCUCGAGGAUGCCAACAACACGCUCAACAUCCUGCGAGCCAACGCUUUCGAUUUGGAGCGAGCCAAGACCAGUGUCAAUACAACGAGCACAGACAUCGCGCUCAAGACCUUGUACAGCAUUGCCGGGCGGACCUUGGCGUACAAUGUCGCCAAUGCGUUCAACGGCACCGUCGCCGCCAACGGCGCGAGCAGCAAGAUGACGCUCAUGUUUGGGACGCUCAGGCCGCUGCUCUCGUUCCUGUCAGUCGGCGGGCUCCUCACGAGGGAGAAUGUCGCCUCUGGCCCACUCUCGACGCUUCCAGAUCACGGCGCCGCCAUAGUCUUUGAGCUCGUCUCCCAGCGCUACGCAAGCAACUCGGGCGGCUUCCCGUCGGCAGAUGACCUGAGUGUGCGCUUUUACUAUCGAUCGGCAGCCGCUCUGAACGGGACUUUUACCGAUUACCCGUUGUUCGGCUCUGGGAACGAUGGACCAAGCAUCCCUUUCAUGUCGUUUGUGCGGCAGAUGCACGAGAAAGGCACAAGUCCGACAGGCUGGUGCAGCAUCUGUCGCCCAGAGGGAACAGCCCCCUGGUGUGGCUACAUACCGAACGACAGCGAGGACCCCAAGUGCCCCCCCAGCAGCAGUUCUGGAAUGAGCCCGGCCGUCGGUGGUGUCAUUGGCGCCGUCAUCGUUCUGGGCAUCAUCGGGCUUGUCUCCCUCGCGCUCUUCGCCCUUGGGGGCUUCCGCUUGCGCCGGUCUGGCAAGCCAGAGCGCAACGCUACACUUGGAGGGUUCAAAGGCGCGGAGCGCAUGCCGGGGGACCCUGAUGUUACUGUCACCAAGGUCGGGGCGCGCGAAGAACGCGUCGGCAGCUGGGAGCUCCGCGACGACGGCGGGCGAGGACCGCCCAUGACGACUGCGGGAAUCGUGACGAGGGACUUUCACCAGGCCUCGAGGCGCAUGGAGGAUUCGGAUGGGGUCAGUGUGAAUGAGCCGCCGGUCCAUGCCCGGGAAAGCGUUUGA